AUGGAGGACCAGAAUGCUAUGAAUUGUAAGAUCAGAUUGACCGAUUACUCAGUCCCGCCUCCAGAUAAGUCUGGACCUUAUGCCGAUAAUAUGGAGAUCGAAUACCUUGAUCCUGGCAUAUUCAUGCUGAAGACCCUUCGAGAUCGUGGUUUCAAAGCUGUCAUCUUCGAAGCCGGAAACGAUAUCGGCGGAACCUGGCGCUGGAACUGCUAUCCCGGUGCUGGAGUUGACUCGGAGGUUCCAGAGUACGAGUUCUCCUGGCCUGAGGUUUGGAAAACCUGGAAUUGGUCGAGCAAUUAUCCAACAUACCAAGACUUACGAUCUUACUUUGAUCAUCUGGGUCAAGUCCUUGGCAUCAAGAAGGACUGUGCCUUCAAUACUGUUGUUGUUGGGGCACAUUUCGAUCUGGUCUCUGGAAGGUGGAGUGUGCGCACACAAGAUGGUCGCAAGGUUACUGCGAAGUAUUUAAUUCUAGGGACUGGGUUCGCGGCCCGCCGAUACAUCCCCGAUUGGCCUGGAAUGGAUAAAUUCAAAGGCAUGAUCCAUCAUUCCUCAUUCUGGCCAGACGAGAAAGUAGAAGUGAAAAAUAAACGCUGCGCCGUGAUCGGUACUGGCGCAUCCGGUGUACAAAUCGUCCAAGCCUGGGGCCCGGAAGCUGGGGAGGUGAAAGUCUCUCAGCGAACCCCCAACCUUGCUGUCCCAAUGCGCAAGAAAAAACUUUCUGUAGAAGAGCAGGAACAGAAAAAGCAUUCCUACCCGGAGCUAUUUCGCCUCCGUGAGACCAGCUUCGCGGAUUUCCAUUACGACUGGUACGAAAAGAACACUUUUGACGAUACUUCUGAAGAGCGCGAAGCUUUUUAUGAAAAGGUUUGGGGUGAGGGUGGUUUCCGAUACUGGGUUGCGGUAUACAAAGACAAUCUAUCCAAUGCGAAAGCUAACAAGGAGUCGUAUAACUUCUGGGCAAAGAAGACUCGUGCUCGUAUCCAGGACCCGAGAAAAAGAGAUCUUUUAGCGCCCUUGGAAAUGCCGCACUUCUUUGGUUUUAACCGGCCGAGUGUGAAUGUCGUUGACGUUAAGAACAACCCGAUCAAGGAAUUCAAUGAAACGGGCAUCAUCCUCCAGGAUGGGACGCAUCAUGAGUUGGAUGUCAUUGCGGUGGCUACUGGAUUUGGUGUUGUGACAGGAGCUAUGACACAACUCGGUCUGCAAAGUAUAAACAACAAAACGCUUCAAGAAGAAUGGACCACAGGUGCCACAACAUACCUCGGCAUUACCGUCCCCGGCUAUCCAAACAUGUUUCACAUCUGCGGUGCCCACGGACCAACCCUCUUGAGUAAUGGACCAACAACAGUGGAAGUACAAGGCCGCUGUAUUGCCGACUUUAUGCAGAAGAAGGAAAGAAACAACAUCAAGUAUAUCAAUGCAAAGUCCGCCGCAGCAGAGUCCUGGAAAGACAAGAUCGUGCAAAUGACGCAGAUGUCUCUCUUCCCGACGACGAACUCUACCUACAUGGGAGGCAACGUUCCAGGCAAGAUCUAUGAGCCGGUCUGCUAUGCGGGUGGCAUUCCGGCCUAUGCUAGGGACAUACGGGCCGCUUUUGAUACUUUGAAAGGAUUUGAAAUCGUUGUGCAGGAAAUGCCCGAGCAAAAAGGUGACGCUCGGCUUUAA